AUGCUGUCCAAGUCGCUGCUCCUGUUUACGCUGCUCGCCCUCGCCGACGUAUCGUCCGAAAGCAGCGCGACCGGCGCGGGCGUCGAGAUCGACGAUAAAGAGAGCGAUACUGCGCCAUACAUGGUGAUUUUGGAGCACUCGGCGGCUCGGGCGCGCCGCUGCUCCGGUGCCUUGGUGUCGCUACGAACUGCGCUUUCUAGUGCUAGCUGCGCCCGGCCGGAUCCGUCGCGCGCGGAUUCAAGCCUGUGGGCGCUGGCCGCCGCCCUGGUGACGUCGCCGGCGACCGUGUCCCCUGCAACGGGAGCGCGGCGCGUCGUUCGCGUGGCUCUGGCGGGAGAAGGCGCCGACCCGGACGACCCCGCGCUCGACGUCGCACUGCUCGAGCUGGACGCGCCGUUUGGCGAAGGAGCGCGCGCGCGUCCUAUUCUCAUGGCGACGACGCCCGGCGAGUGCGAAGCGGUCGUCGACUGCGACGCGGUGCGGCUGCUCGAUGAUGAAGGAGCGCGGCAGCUGCGGGUGGUUUCCCUGCGGCGCGCUCCGGCGCUCCACUGUGCCGCCCGGGUACCUCACUGGGUGGCCGCCGGGGAUGGACAGCUCUGUCUUCGCGGCGAAACCCUCUGCGAGAGCGAAACGGGCGGCGGCGUGUUGUGUGCGGGGCUUCUUUGCGGCGUGCUGACUCGGACGGCGAGCGCCGGGGCGACGCAAAGAGGGAGGAGAGGACGCUGCGGCGAGACGCACGGCGCGCUCGCUGUGGCGCGUCGGCGCCGAUUUCUACGUUGCGCGCACACCCAACGCCUCUGCGGCAGGGGUGAGUGCAAGUCAUUGUGCACAGAGAUUUGGCUCGACUCCGACGAAGACCCCACUUCCGCGGGCAUUGCUGUUGUCGCCGUCGCGUCCUCGACUCCGUCGUUCACUUUUCUUACAUUAUUUGCCGGACAUUUGAACGUAGACUUCAACACUCGAACGAUAGUGACGGUCGGUAGCGUCACGCACGCGAACCGCCUCCGAGUCGGAGAAGCGAACUCGACGACCGUCCCUCCGAGCGCCGCGACGCGAGCGACGCCCUCUCCGACUCGUACCGCGGCUUCCGUCAUCCUGUACUAUCCGAGACUCUCCGCCGACUUUGAACCGAAUCGAGCAGACUUUAAGGCGGGCGAAUACGGCGACAACGCGGCGGACUAUGGAGCGCAAGCCGACGAGAUGGCCGCGACGCGUCCGCCGACGCCCGUCGCUCCGGCCUCGCCCACGCGCUCGCGCACGCCUUCCCCGAUACGCUCGGAGCCGAAUGCCGAGCGGAGCGCCCUUCGCGACGACUGGCUCGACGUCCCGGCAAAACCUCACUCCGAUAAUCCUAAAAAGAGUUCCAAGAAGUCUAAAGCCGUCAUCACUCUUUUCGAGAAGACCACGCUCGUUGUUCUCAUCUUAGUACUUUGA